AUGAUCAUCAACAAUUGGUCUCAAGUGAUUGCUAAAACUCGCGAAAUGGUCCGAGGUGUCAUGUCCCAAUACGAUGGUUCUCAUGAUUUUCAUCAUGUAGAGCGAGUGGUGAAAAUGGCCAAAUUUAUUGCACACAAAGAGUUGGCUUUACCAACCUCCGAUGUUUCAACUCUUUCACCUUCCAUAUUGGAAAAAUUACAAGUCAUUGAAUUGGCCGCUUAUUUGCAUGAUGUGAAUGAUCAUAAAUAUGUACAGCCCAAUCAACACGGUCAAAACAAGGCACAAAGAGCGAUUGAAGAGCAUUUAUCACAAUUACUAGUUCCUGAAAAUAUUAUUGACAGAGUUCAAUAUGUUGUGGAUAACAUUUCAUUCUCAAAGGAAGUCAAGAGAAUGCAAGAAAAUAAGGAAUAUGUGGAUGAAUUACCGAUCGAAUUGAAAAUAGUCCAAGAUAGUGACCGAUUGGAUGCCCUUGGAGCCAUUGGUGCAGCUCGUUGUCUCGUGUUCAGCGGCUCAAAACAAAGAGCCAUCUACAUUCCUGAGGAUGAGAAAUUCGUUUCCUCAUGCACCACUCCUAGUGACAUGUUCCAACAAAAACUUGAAAUGAAUCCAAUGCCAACUGUCUCAGCCACCGAUGAUUCUGCCAUUCAACAUUUUUAUGAUAAAUUGUUUCACUUGGAUCGCAUGAUGAAAACAAACACUGGAAAAGAGCUUGCCAAGAAACGCAUUCAACACAUGAAAACAUUCAUUGAGGAUUUAUACGAAGAGUUGUACUUUGAAGAGAAUUUAUAA